AUGCAUACUUUACAAUUAUCCCAUAAAAGCAAUGAAACCAUAACUAUCAAAAAUCAAUCAGCCAUAAUAACCCCAACACAUGUGCACAAAGAUCUUUACGACAAUGGGUGUGUUUUCGGUACUCCUGAGCCUUUUGAUUACAUGCUUUCGAAUAAAUUGUCCAAUAUCUGGACACAAAGACAAUCUAUAAAAGGAGAGUUCGGUGUCACUUACCACACUGCGGAUUUAGUGAUACGAACAAAUAACGCCUUCUCUUACAGCGGCUUUCAAGGUUUAAUAUUAGAAAUAGAAUCAAAAUCAUUGAAUUCAUUUGAAUCAUUCAAGAAGAACUUUGAGAAAGUACAAGGAAUGCUUCAUGAAAUGGGCUUAAAAGACGUUAAGGUGUCAUUAGACAAGUUCCAAAAGUUAGAUACAACCGAAAAUUUCAAUCUCUUCGAUCUUGCUUUUCAGUACUUGAAAGUCCUUGGUUAA